UAAAGAAAAGGAGCAUCUUUUCACCGUUCCAUUCCGAGAAAUGCAGACUUGGGAGAAGGAGUCUGGCCCAGACCUCUGUGCCCAGGUGGUAGCCCUAGCUGAGGAUUUCCUCCUGAGAAGGCAAGAGCCUGACGGAGAGGCAAAAAACGCGCCUCAGCUCUCAGAGAAGAAUCUUUUGGAUUCCAAGAAGGCACAGGAAGACAAGCAGGCAGAGGAGACGGAAGAAUAUGAUGGGGAGUCUGCCUUAUUAGGUAAAGACACCCAAGUGUUGGCGACAAAUUAUAACACAUUCGACGAGUCCGACGGAGAAAAUGAAGAGGGGGUCCUCCCAGCAGAAAGACCCGAGUGCAGAAACCCCACCCGGAUAUCAUUGGAAGAAGUCAUCCUCGGGAAGCUUUUCCCGGAGGAAGAAGGGCCUCCCGGCAACGUGCCCACGACAAACUUUGCCACGGAGAAGCCGUUUGAGUGCUCCGAGUGCGGGAAGCACUUCUCUACCAGCUCCCACCUCAUCAACCACAAGCGUGUCCACACAGGGGAGAAGCCCUACAAGUGCUUGAGCUGCGGGAAAAGCUUCACGGAGCGAGGCAACCUCUUGAAGCACCAGAGGACCCACACGGGCGAGAAGCCCUACGGAUGUUCUGACUGCGGCAAGGCCUUUGGCAUCAGCUCUCAGCUGAUCAGCCACAAGCGGGUGCACACGGGAGAGAAGCCCUACGAGUGCUCGGAUUGCGGGAAGAGCUUCUGCACGAGCUCACAGCUCGUACGCCACAGCCGGGUCCACACGGACGAGAAGCCGUACGAGUGCUCCGCCUGCGGGAAAACCUUCAGCCAGAGGUCGUACCUCGUGGGGCACGAGAGGACGCACACGGGCGAGAAGCCCUUCGAGUGCUCGCAGUGCGGGAAGUGGUUCUCGCACCGCUCCGACCGCCUGAGGCACGAGAAGAUCCACACGGGCGAGAAGCCCCACAAGUGCGCCGACUGCGGGAAGGGCUUCAACCAGAAGGGCUCCCUCGUCACGCACCAGAGGACCCACACGGGGGAGAAGCCCUUCGAGUGCUCCGAGUGCGGGAAGAGCUUCAACGACCGGGGUUACCUUAUCACACACCGGAGGACCCACACGGGGGAGAAGCCCUACGAGUGCCUGGACUGUGGGAAGAGCUUCAGCCGCACGUCCCACCUGACCGUGCAUAAAAAGACACAUGGGGGGGAGAGGCCGUAGCCGGAUCAGGAGGUGUGGAGGAGAAAGAGAAGACAAACGAACACACACCCCAACCCUCCAGUUCCUCUGACCUUUGCAAAAUAUCAGAAAAUCCGUGUGAAAAUGCCCGGGUGCUCAGAAGAUUUU